AUGGCCGCCGAGGCGUGCCUCUGGAUCCUGGAGGACGCCGCGGCAGGGGUGGAGAAGGCAGAGGCGCGGGACGGCGGGGCGGCCGGCACCGUCGCCUGGCCCGAUACUUACACGGAGGCGCUGACGCUGGAGGCGCUGAGCACCUGGCUGCGGCUGGGCGAGCCCGCCUGGGGCGCCGAGCACACCCGGGCCUGGCCCGCGCUAUGCACGCUGCUGCGCUCCCGCUCGGAGGCGGUGCGGGGUGCGCUGAGGGGGAUGAUGGCCGCGCAGCUGGCCGUCGUGGCGCCCGAGGUCAAGGCGAGGGAGAAUGGGGCUAAGGCGUUGGGGACGGCGCGCCCCCCCGCCCACGCCUGA